AUCAUCCCACCCCCUAUAUAAAGAGCCACGAAGCUCGAUCCCUUCUAAGCUACACAAAGCAACACCCUCCCCACCAAAAAAAAAAAGAAAAAAAAGGAAUUAAAAUCCCGAUUAGAGAUAGGGAGAUGGGUUCUAUGGGAUCUGAUGAUCACAAGCCCCAUGCAGUGUGCAUCCCCUACCCGGCGCAGGGCCACAUAACGCCCAUGUUGAAGGUGGCCAAGCUCCUCCACUCCCUCCAUGGAUUCCACAUCACCUUCGUCAACACCGACUACAACCACCGCCGCCUCCUUCGCACGCAGGGCACCGCAGCCCUCGACGGCCUUCCCGAGUUCCGAUUCGCCACCAUCCCCGACGGCCUCCCCCCCUCCGACGACGACAGCACGCAGGAUAUCCCCUCCCUCUGCCGGUCCACCAUGACCACCUGCCUCCCCCACUUCCGCAAACUCCUCGCGGAGCUCAACGACCCGUUGUCCGGCCGCCCGAAGGUGACCUGCGUCGUCUCCGACGCUGUCAUGAGCUUCACGCUGGACGCCGCGAAGGAGCUCGGCAUCCCCGACGUCGUCUUUUGGACUGCUAGUGCCAUUGGCUAUAUCAGCUAUCGCCACUACAGGCACCUCAUGGAGAAGGGUAUCGUUCCGCUUAAAGAUGUGGGUCAGCUAACUGAUGGGUAUCUCGAAACACCGAUCGAUUGGGUACCGGGAGCGCCGAACAUGAGACUACGAGACUUCCCGAGCUUCAUUCGAACGCUGGACCCCGACGAGUUCAUGGUGCACUUCGUCCUGCACGAGACGGAGCGCACCCCCAUGGCGUCUGCUGUCCUCCUCAACACGUUCGACGAUUUCGAGCGCCCGGCGCUCGAAGCCAUGGCGGCUAUCGUGCCGCCCAUCUACACCAUCGGCCCCCUCUCCCUCCUCGCCCGACGCAUCCCCCACGGCCCACUCAGCUCCGUGGGCUCCAACCUGUGGAAGGAGGAGCCCGCUUGCUUACAAUGGUUGGAAAACAAAAGGCCCGGGUCCGUUGUCUACGUGAAUUUCGGUAGCAUAACGGUCAUGACGAACCAGCAACUGAUAGAGUUCGCGUGGGGGCUCGCGAAUAGCGAGUACGAGUUUCUGUGGAUCAUCAGACCCGACCUUGUUAAGGGCGACGCCGCGGUGCUCCCGCCGGAGUUUGUAGAGGGGACGAAGGAGAGGGGGCUCAUGGCGAACUGGUGCCCGCAGGAGGAAGUGCUUUGCCACCCCGCGGUGGGCGCGUUCCUGACGCACAGCGGGUGGAACUCCACGCUGGAGAGCGUGUGCGGUGGCGUGCCGAUGCUAUGCUGGCCCUUCUUUGCAGAGCAGCAAACCAACUGCAGGUACACAUGCGCAGAGUGGGGGAUCGGGAUGGAGAUUGAUGGUGAUGUGAAGAGAAAGGAGGUGGAGGGGUUGAUAAGAGAAAUCAUGGGAGGGGAGAAGGGGAAGGAGAUGAAGAGGAGGGCCAUGGAGUGGAAGGACAUGGCGGCGAAGGCGACGCAGGAGGGUGGUCCCUCUUUUGCAAAUUUCGACAAGUUGGUUAGCCAAGUGCUGCUUUCUAAGAAAGAUGUUGUCUAGAUAUGCAGUUUUGUAAGGUGCCAUGUGCAAUGUCAUAGUUUAAAAGAUAAAGAAAAAGAAAUGCUAAAUCUAGGAUAAAAUAAAGUAUUAUAAAGAAAACGAGUUUUGGAUAGUUGUAGAAUUAUAACUCGGUAUUUCUUUAUUUACAAAUUAUCGAUAGACGAAGUAAUUAAGUGGAACUAAGUUGGUGAUAGCUAUAAUUUUGGGAAUAAAUUAAAUAAAUGGAUAUGUGGUGAAAAAAAAUUUAUGGGUCUUGGUUAACUUUUCA